AUGAAAGGUAGCUACUCGCUCACCACCCUUUGCGCGCAUUUACCAGCGGUAUCAGGCUUUACCAAUUACACCGCUUCUGUUCCGAUUAGAAGAGCCAGCCCGAACGGUGCGGUAGAUGGUGACGGUCUGGACAGCAAGUACGAAGGCAGUUCCCAGAGACCGACUUCCCCGGUGUCAGCUUCCAAAGGAGGAAACAGCAACGGGUCUGCGGUACAAUGUGACGAUACAUUGACAGCAUUUAAGCUGCGCCUUGAGCUCCAGGACCGUUUGUCUGUAAUUGGCAGCCAGAUUUUGUCGGCGACAGCGGCCUGUGUACUUGCUUCAUUGGACCUGGCGCUCAACGGGAGCGCUCUGCAUCAAGCCCAGCUCGAUCGUGCCCCAAAGUUUGGUUACCUCAUGAAUUUCGAGUCCUUGCUGAGUACCCAAGGCAAAGAGUACGGCAUGCUGGAGGACUUUGCUGCGGGGGCGCGAUGGUUGCGCAACGUAUUUAUUCAGUUCCGCCGGCACCCGACCACGGGUUCGUUCUUUUCGUUGCGAAAGUAUACGCCGCCGGGGUCCACCGCGAACGAUCAUCACUGCUUUCUGUUGACAAUAGGUAUCGACAAUAGCCACAUGUCUGUGCUGCCACAGUCUCUGGCAUCGGGUGACGGCACCGUUCACGUGCGCUGCGUGCUGUUUUCGCAGGGAGUGAAUGAGAAGCAGAGUCUUGUGCAUGCUUACAAGUCGAGUGCCGUCAAGCUGCAAGAACGCGACAACCGGGGGAACCUGCAGGAGCUGAAGCGUAUCUAUGCGCUGUAUCGCCACUUUCGUCCAUCGGGGGGUCUCUCUGUUGCAGCUACUUGUUGGUCCAUUAAACCACUUGUGGGACGACCCCAUCGAAUUGUGGCAAGUACUGAUCAAGAGCGGUAA